AUGCAUCAACGCUCAAAUUUUUAUGCUGCUUGUAUCUAUCUUUCAAAGUCCAGCGCAUGUAUGAUGAUUCUAUUAAACAUGGGUCUUAUUAUAUCAGUGUUAUUCGGCAAAGCAUUACAAGCCAUCUUUUUUGGACGAUUAAGAGCAAUUGAAGUCGAGCAUUUAUACGAGAGAUCCUGGUACGCAGUGACAGAAACAUGCUUGGCAAUGACCAUCUUCCGAGAAGAGUUUGACUUGCAGUUCAUUGUUGUCUUUACCACCUUACUGUUCUUGAAGAUAUUUCACUGGCUAUGUCAAGAUCGUGUUGAAUUCAUGGAGCAAUCUCCGGCAAACCGCGUUACAUUCCAUGUUCGAAUGAUCAAUCUCUUGGCAAUUCUGCUCCUGAUAGAUUCACUAUUAGCUAAUCAUGCCAUUCAUGUCACCCUGACAAAGGGCCCCAAUAUGAUGAUCAUGUUUGGCUUCGAAUACACCAUUUUGAUAUGCUCAAUCUUGUCAACGAUUGGAAAAUACAUACUCAAUGUGAUUGACAUGCGAACAGAACAGACCUGGGAGGGGAAAUCCAUGUAUGUGUUUUACUUGGACCUUGUAACAGAUUUCUUCAAGCUGAUUACCUACCUUGUGUUCUUUUUGUACAUUUGCUUGAACUAUCAAUUGCCUCUGCACAUCAUUCGAGAUGUUUAUGUCACCUUCAGAUCAUUCAUCCAGAAAUGCAGAGAUCUUUAUCGUUACCGAAGAGCGACUCGCAACAUGAACGAACUAUAUCCCAACGCAACUGCCGAAGAUUUAUCUCGAUCAAGCGAUAGCACCUGUAUUAUCUGUAGAGAGGAGAUGCAGAUUGUGGAUACAACGAUGGAUGAGGAUAACCCGGAAGCAGCAGCUUAUCGAGGCGAUACCGAGCAAAAUUUGGAUCAGCCCAAGAAACUGCCCUGUGGGCAUAUAUUCCACUUCCACUGCUUGCGCAGUUGGCUCGAGAGACAGCAAACGUGUCCUACAUGUCGUCGUUCUGUAUUGACUGAGGCAAACAAUCAAAACCAACCACAGCCUCAAGAUCAAGCACAGCAACCACCACAACCACCUCAGGCCCCACCACAGCAGCCUAAUUAUCAUCAACCGCCACAGCAACCAUUUGUGCAGUCCUUAUUCAACCACAUACCUAUUCCCUCUGGCCCUACUCAUCAAACAAACUCUUCUUCAUCCUUAAACAUCCUGACACCAUCAAACCAACCGAGCAAUAUACCUGGUUUGAUACCACUCGUUCCUCUGAACCCUCAACAAUAUCAACACUCUCAGCAAAACGGAAACACACUUCCUAUCACUUUGUCAGAAGAUGAUUUGCGCAUCUUGUCAACCUCUACGAGAGAUGCACUGGAACAAAGACUGAAAGUGUUGACAAGUGUGGACGAGCAACUAUCUGACACGAUCAUCAAACUGACACGGGUAUUGAGUGUGAUGCCUCUAAACACACCUUCUCAGGAACAGCAACAUCAGCAAAUGAGCCAAGACGUGCAAGAUGCUGUCUCACAGGAUGAAGUCGUUGCAUCUACUGUGGCCCCAGAAAAUCAAAGCGAACAACAGCAGCACGACGUGAGUGAUAGAAGAAGAGAGAAAAUGCCUGAUUACAGUGCCUCUCCCCAAGUUGAACAAGAAUAG